CCUUCAUAGCGAGAUCGAACCGAGAGAAGUAGUGACAACAACGUCCUGUGAGUCUAUCUACUAAGUCUUGAUCUCAAUGAGAGUUCUCGCAUAAAAAUUUGUGCAAAAACGACAUCACUUUACUUGUCUACUCACUGCGUAGAAGAAUUCUUUGAUGCACAUGAAUGAGUGUUGAUCUCUUCCAGCUAUAAGCAUAUCACCUCAAAUCCAAUUCAUUGUGAGUUAUAGUUUUCAAUUUACUUACGCUACUUAAUCAUCAUCAUGGCAUCAACAUUAACGCAAACGCUAUUUUUUACUUUUCCACGAUAUUUUUAAAGAGCGUGCCAACAUCUUUCAACAACGAUACAUCAAUUUGUCCUCGUCCUCGUUUCUGUGCUAUGUCGUCAUUUGCUGUGCUCGACGAAGAGAAAAGAAUACAGCGGCAACGCGAGAACAAACUCUUGCGGCAGAAAUACAUUCAAGAACGAACGGAAAAGAUCAAAGCGGCACCUCGUGGUACGUCUACAAGAACACUGCAAGCCCUCACCCUCUAGACUCAUGCUAGGUGAAUGAUAAGUAUAAACAAGUGCGCUCCACCAGCACCAGUUAUUUUGGAGACACACUCCAUAUUAUCACCUCCAGCUCUCUUUCUCACCCUGCGUCCUCUACCUGUUGCACACACUGAAACUGACUGAGAAGUUGUAAAUACUUGUUCUUCUUGGCCUCUCACUCUCUUACAAGUAGAAGGCUAUGAGAAAAACCAAAAAUACUGCAACGACUACUCAGUACUUGGGAAGAAGAACUAGUACAAGAACAGAUAAUAUCAACUUCAGCUUCUGCUACAAAAAGAAAGGGCAAGAACAUCAACGAACCAAGUAGUUCCCGCCAGAGCACGUGAGCGUUGAGCAAGCAGCAGCUUCUCUUGCACUAGUCAGCGUCCCACGGCAGUAAUUUAGUCACAGCAUCCACCUGGUCAACGCAUUAACUGCAUACUUUAAUUCACGCGACGCGCAGUCCUUGAAGAAAGUUUCUUCUUGAAAACAACCAGUAACCCGGGGAUUCAAACACAAGCGAGACAUCAUCGAAAUCGAUAAUGUCAUCCCCCACUGCUGUCACCACAACGGCCGCACCCGCUCCGGUGCGUGUGUGUUGGGGCGAUCUGAGUAGUGACAGUGAGAGCGAAGCGGAGGUGCUCUGCAGCCCUAAUUCGACUAGUAGUACGCAGGCUCCAGCAGGAGCUGGCUCCUCUGAACCUACUCCUGUGACUACGCGUGAGCGCCGUGGAAGCAGUUCCUCCAGCUGCAACUACAACGCAUUUUCAGCUCAGAACAACAAGAACUCUUCUGGUGCCGAUUUCGCGAAACAACAGAACAUGAACAAUAAAGGUGGUAACCAGUUGUAUAAGGGCUCAGGAGGUCAAAAAGAUUCGGGUGUGUUGAAUAGCAGGGCCAAGGGCGUAGGAAAAUCGUUCUCUAAAGGAAAAUCGUUUAGGGACAAAUUUGGAGGCUCCUCAUCGAAUAAAGACAACAACCCCAAAGGCGGAUCCAAGGACCAAGAUGUUGGAGGUGGUAGCUUCGCACGGACUAAAUCAGCAGCCUCUUCUGGUGGUAAGGGAGGGAAGGGAAAGAACCACGCAAAGAACAGCAAGGCGGGGGCUUCAAUUUCCAUGCUCAGUAGACAAGGAGAGACUUCUGGCGCGGGAGGUGCUUCUGCUGGGGAAGUCAAGAAGUCAAGAAGUAAGCGUGUCAUUUUGGAUGCAGAUGCAGUAUGGUCCGAAGAUGACCAAGAGGCUGCUGAAGAAAAAGGUGCUGAGGAUGUAGUUGAGAUGACCAGCAGAGCACGAGUUGUAGACUCUGAUGUUGAAGGAAACGAAGAGGACGCUGCUAGUUCCGGCAUGAGCACAGUAAACGGUAACAAAUAAUAGUUGUUCUACCUCUUCAUCUAGAAACAUGAAAUCAUAGCAACUUGAACUUCCAUCAACUCAAAUGAUUGAAAAAUAAGAGUUCUACUUCUUCACAACUAGUACUAGUACUCCUAGUACUUCUGCGACCACUCACUCCCUUUAUCUUCAACAACAUCUUCAAACCCUCGAGUCGCGUACGAUCAUGCUAGGAAACUCUCGAUGAUUCCGAGAAGGACUAAGCACUCUCCUGACUACAACGUCGUGGGGACAAUGCCAAGAACCUUCUGUUAUCACGGAGACCUACAAACCCUACUACGUUAACAAUACGGCGAACCUCUCCUUCAAUGACAUAGUACCCGAAUGAAGGAACAAAAUCAAUUACAAGGAUUACACGAUGUCGCAACAUCGUGACUUUUCAUAUUAGGAGGUGGCAAGAAUUUCGAGCCACAUUCCCCGACCCCUAAUUGAUUCUCUCAGUUUCCUCACACCUCGAAUCACAACAGGUCAAAAAUGGGGAGAUAUUUCAGACUCUGAAGAGGACAUUCCGCAAUUACCCGAAGGAGAUAGUGAAGGGGAAUCAAAUAGCGAAGCGGAAGAAGAGGAGGUAUGCAAAAUGUUGAAGCUGUUAUUUUUUUGUUGAUUUUUAUUGAACACUCACUAUCCGCUAAUCGCUCAACGAAGCUGAAUGGGGUUUCUACUCAGCAACAGCGACGUUCUGACUUUUCGAGAAGAUUCUGAUUCGAAAUCGAAUACUAUCGCUCUUCGAGGUCAACGUCAAACAACAAAUUCUCCUAGAUGCUCUAGACUCGACGUCAUGCAAAUAACACUGUAGUACAACAUGUUCUUCUUCACCUUUACCAUUCAUGAUCCACUUCAGGCGGAGGCAGAGGAUGAUGCCACCUCGGACGCCAAAUCUACUACAGCUGCAGACGCCACACCUUCGGCGCCUGCUGUAGAUUCGAAGAAGGGUGCAAAGAAGCCGGAAGAUGAGGAUUUGGAUGCAUUAUUCGCCGAGCUAGGAAUAGAAGAGCAAAAGCAGGAAGGUAUUAGCAUUGUCGUUUUUGUAGUUUGUUGUUAUUGUUUUUGAAUAGCUACUUCGAUUUCUAAUUAUUAUAAAUUCUGAGUGCGGUUUGUGAUGUUUGAGAAAUCUGGUAUCUGAUCUGUAUUUUCUCCAUCGAUCUGAACGAAAAUAUGCGGCACGCACAGGUACAAAAAGCAAAGCUGCGCGCAAAAGAGAGGCAGCUCUUGCCCGAGAACAAGCUGCGGCACAAGCACAGACUGAUGUAGCUCAGAAUGAGGAGGGUGCAGCAAGCAAGUCGAGCAAGAACAAGAAGAAGAAAAACAAAAAUAAGGAUGCAUCAGGCGGAGAUGUUUCUCCCGCAAAUACUAGCUCUACCAAGGAAGCUCCUGAGCAACAGGAUGAUAAGGCAGACCAAGGACAAGGAGAGGAAACGACCCAAGGAGCCGGAGCAGGAGGAGUCGGCGCGACAUCGAAAGCAGACGCCAUCGCCGCACUGAAGGCAAAGCUCAAAGCAGGGAGUAAAUCUGGCUCAUCAGCUUCUAAGUCUGCAGCUGACAUAGCGAGGGAGGAAGCACUAAAGAAGGCAGCGAAGGCGAAGAAGGAUAGGAAAGCAGGAUACGAAAGACGCUAGAGACACUAGAACUAGGAAAAGGAAACUAUAAACUCGUUGGUUCUUGAUCGACAAGCAAUAGACUUGUAUUCUGCAUGGAGAAGCAAGACGUUUAUCAAAUAAACCUAAGAAGAACGAUAUAAUCUUGUCUCUUGUCUUGAUUGUUUAAGAUGCUACAACUUCAAUUCCCGGAUGGAUCUAAAAAUUUCUACACAACACUAAUAAGAGAGCUUUAAAAGCACUGAUCCGACUUCCAUUGACUUGUCUAAGCUGACUGACCCAGUUCUUUGAAAAAUGCGUAUUUCGAUUCAGUUGAAUACUUCAACGAGGAAAGGUAGCUGUAAGUGUAAGCAUUACUUAGAAGGAGAAGGUAUCAGGGUGAAUAGAGAAUAUUGUUCUCACAACUCUGCGACCAAUUCAUGGUUCACCUACUGGUACUGCUUUGAGGUUACAACUUUUUAUGAAGAAAUAUAUUAUAUAUAAGAAAGCAAAACUCCAACCCGCAGAACUCAAGCUAGACUUAAUUCUUUUAUGAAAAAGUUAUCAUGCCAAUUUACCUAUUGUUCUCAAGAACAGUUCCUUUUGCAUUGCACGAGAAAAUUACGCACACUCCCCAGUGUGACGUGACUUCGAACAUUACCAUACGCGAUAAUUUGUGACCACCACAACCACUGACCUCCGUAUUAUUUGUUUUAGAACUUCGAAAAACUAAAAUU